AUGUCUGAAUUCACCAAGGCCUUCUUUGACGUUCAGUACGCCCCUGUGGGCACCAGCGCUACCCAGACGAAGCGUAUCACCUUCAAACUUUACGAGAAGGAUGUCCCCAAGACUGCUAGAAACUUCCGUGAGCUGUGCAAGAAACCCCAGGGUGAGGGUUACAAGGGCUCAACCUUCCACCGUAUCAUCCCCAACUUCAUGCUUCAGGGUGGUGACUUCACUCGCCACAACGGUACUGGUGGUCGCUCCAUCUACGGCGAGAAGUUCGCCGAUGAGAACUUCAUCCACAAGCACACCGGUCCGGGUAUCCUCUCCAUGGCCAACGCUGGUCCCAACACAAACGGCUCCCAGUUCUUCAUCACCACCGCUACUACCUCUUGGCUCGAUGGCAAGCACGUCGUCUUCGGUGAGGUUACCGAGGAGUCGAUGUCUGUUGUCAGAGACAUUGAAGCUCUUGGCAGCAGCAGUGGCACCGUCCGCUCCGCCGUCAAGCCUACCAUCGUUGACUGCGGUGAGCUGUAA